AUGAGUGACUUGAAAGAGCUUCGCGAGUCUACACCGAACCCCAUCGGGCCUAGUCCACCAGGGUCACCCAUGCCGAUGCUGACCUCAAAGACCGAGAAAUAUCUUCCUAUGGCUGACUGUACUGCAACAACGCGCUGUGAAGGCGGCGACCCUCGCGAGCCUUCUAGACGACGUAUAGAUUCUCAGCCUGCUCAUAAUGAAGGCCUUUUGAAUGAUGUGAUGUCGCAACUAGACGUCAACAACGCGUCUGCAUCUUCCUCGGGAGUUCAAAAUCGAACAAAGUCCCAGGAGACGGUUCGAACCCUGCAUGACCAUCCAUCUCACCGAGUUCACAGUGCGGGUGAUAUCCAAGAGCUUGAAGAGUGGGUUAGAGCUGAUGCGCAGGAUCAAGGAGAUCAAAAAGGUUCUGAGGUGCAAAAGAGUGGCUGGAAUCAGGAGGAGACAGAAGAGCAGGAGCAGUCAGAGCAGAGAACUAAGGGCGAGCCGCAGGCAUGUCUCUUCGUCGCCAGCUUGGCCGCAUCUCGAACGGAUGUUCAGCUUGUAGAUUCGGUCACGGAGCACUUCAAAAAGUGGGGAUCUCUAUUGAACGUCAAAGUUAUGAGGGACUGGAUGCAGCGACCCUACUCAUUUGUUCAGUUUGAGCAUAUCGAGGAUGCCGAAAAAGCCAUGGCUGACGCGCAGAACACGGUCAUCGAUGGCAGACAUAUCCGCAUCGAGCAAGCACGCGUGAACCGUACCCUUUUUAUUCUCAAGUUUGGCCGCGCGACCACUGAGCAGGACCUCAUUGAUAUGUUGGAGCAGUACGGACCGAUCGAGGAUGUUUCCAUUUUCCAUGACUUGGGUCCAGCUCGUAACAGAAGAUAUGCGUUUGCAAAGUUCGCCUACCGUGAUGAUGCCAUCAGGGCGUACAUGGCCCUUCGUAACGGUUCAAAGUGGACAGUCGAGUGGGCGCCCAAUCUUUCUACCCAGAAUCAGGUCGAAAAGGAAUCUGUGUUCGUCGGCCAACUGAACCCAGAGUUGACGACCGAGGCUGUCCUGCAUGAUCGCUUUAAGAGCUAUGGUAACAUUCAGUACCUUCACUUGGUCAAGCGAAACAAACCUGGGACAAAUCGCCUCACUGCGUUUGCAUUUAUCGAGUUUGAUGACGAGCAAUCGGCCAAAAGAGCCAUCGAUAAUGAGAAUAACGCAGUGUUUCUGGGAACAACGAUCCGCGUCCAGCAUCGAGAGGCGAGUGAAUAUCGACAACAACGUCAGAGUGCUGCUACUCAGGCAGCCCGCAGCCUCAACGUGCCUCAUUCAAUGGCUGGUCCUCCUCCAAUGGGAAUAUCAGCUCCACCCGUGCAUGUCCCAGAAUACAACGAGGGGUAUCAGCCCUACCGAGCGCCAGGAAUGGAAAGACCCAUGUAUUACACAACAUAUUACGCCUAUCCGGCUCCGGGUAUGCCUAUGACAGCGCCUGGUUUUGUUUCUCGACCACCAUCGGGGCCGAUGUUUGUCCAGCCAGGCGGUAUCCAUCGAAGGACUGUGGCUAAUCACGACGGCAAUCAGCCGCAUUAUCAAGGAAUGGCAGCCUACGCCGUCCAGACAAGCAACCCUGGUACAUCCUCUAAUCCAUAUGAAUUGAUUCAGGAGACAGGACCAGGCCAACAAAGAUGCGACUAUAUGGGCUACGUCCAUUCGCAAGGGGGAAUAUGCUAUCCAUCAGUUGUCCCAGCGCGAGUUUAUAUGUACGAUCAGGGACCAGCAAUGGCUGCGGUGGCAUCAGUGGGUCCUGCUGCUGCCUCGGUCACUCCUACUGCUGCCUCGGUUCCAGCUACACCUCCAAUUGCCCCGAUAUGGUACACCCCCUCAUGGAACCCUGGAAACCCUCCCCGCGUAGGCAGUCAAGAGGCAUCGGCCAACUCACAGGCGCACUAUGCGAUGCCGGUCCAAGGACGACCACCCAACCCGAGUUCCCCCACCACUCAAAACUCGUCUUCUCUUGACUCGCGCAGUCAGGCUCAUAGACAAGCUUAACACUGGUAUACAGGAGUCUUAUUUCACAGUUUGACAUGAAAGAUCCAGUCGAAGGCGCUGAUGUUUGUUCCUUUCUAUCCCAGCAACAAUCAGCUGCUGCUAGGUCGCUCGAAUCGAGAAUUCGUUGCUUGGCCUAAUGGAUGGAUGCGUCUGCAUCCUCUGUCCACGAUAAUAC